AUGGCCCGUAACGACUCCAGCACUCUCUCGGGGGCUGUACGCUCACCGCGCCGCUCUCGUGGCCUCGGAUUACCCUAUACCCGUGAGGGCAACGGGAACGGCGCCCUUCCCUCGGCGUACCCUCAGCACGGGCUGCGCACGUCGCAGUCCAUGUCGAGCCUGCGUCGCUCAGGCUCGAACUCUGAAGGCUUACUUUCGGGCAUCAAGAGCAUGUUCUCCCGUCCACUUGCUUGGCUCGCGACGCCGACUAGGCCGCAGCCUCGGCAGGGCCCGCAGGGUACCAAGCGCGACCACCUCUCGCCCGACCCCGAGGACCCGCCAAGCCCGUCUACGCGCCGCGCGACCAAGCGCGCUCGACGCGGCUCGGAUGACAAGCGCAAAUCGCCGAAGCAUAUCGGGCCGUAUGAGCCCACUACGUCCACCCUUCCCCCGCUCCCCGCGACCAUCUCGCUGUCGCGCCCACGCUCCUCGCUCGCCUCUUCCGCAAGCAUGCCCUACCUCGACCCGCCCAAGUCGCUGCUCGGUCCAUCGUCGCCGCGCGCGAGUCUGCGUCCGCGUGGCUCGCUCUCGCGUUCCUCGAGAAUGGAAUUGAGCGCGGACGAGUUUGGGUUGUCGGCUGGCACCAGUGCGACACCCGACCGUCGUCGCACGCUCAGCGGAGCCCCCGAGGGCUGGAGCCCUAUGCGGGAUAAGACCCCGCGCGCGUCGCUGGCUGCACCCCCGUUCGCGCCGGCCUCUGGCUCGCGUGGCAUCGCGCGUAGCCAGACUCUCACCAACGUCCGUGCGGACGCGUCGGACGUUAGCAUGUCCAGUAUGCGUGUGGGCAGUGGGUUCGGGACGUUUAGCGGGCGGUCGCGCCUCUUACCCAAGAGCUCGACUAUGCGGUUCGACUCCGUGGCCGAGGAUGACGACGCCAUGAGCACUGUAUCGGACCGGAACGACGUGUUUGCUGAGCGUGCGGCGCGCCGCGCCGCCCUCACGCCCGUCUCGUCCCGCCUCUCCGUGCUCCCUGCGCAUUCGAAGCCUGCGGCGGAGCCCAAGAUGAUCUACGUUCCCGGUCGCGGGUUUGUCAAGGCCGCCGAGGCGUCGGUGCCCAAGCCCGCUCCGAAGAACGACGCUGAUCGCAUCCUCGAGGCCCUCGAGGCGUCCCGCCACGCGACCUCUUCUCUUCUUCCGCCCCAGUUGGUCGGCGCGUCUACCCGCCAGCUGCGCAAGGCUAUAGCCGUACCGCUCGCGACGUCAGCAUCGACGUCCGAGCGUAAGGGCCACAAGGCCGAGUGGCUCAGCCACGGUGGCGGCAUCUCGUCGGCUAUCUCGCCAUACGGCCGCCGCCGCGCGAUAGACAUGCAGGCACGCGAGCAGCGCCGCGAGCUCCGCGCCGCCGAAUCGGAUACGGACGUGUCGGACAUGGAGGUCGAUGGGUCUGCGCUCUCUGUGCGUUCGACGGGAAGCUUGCGCCGACGCAGCACGCGCUCGCGCUCCAUGAUGAGCAUCUCGGAGAGCGAGGGAGGCGGCUCGGACAUGAGCGUGUCGGACGCGCGCUCACCUUCUCCCCGCAGGAGCGGGCGCCGCUCGACGCGAAACGGCAAGAGCCCGGCAGCCGAGGAGGAGACACCCAAGCUGCGCAGGAGUACCCGCCUCCGUACAAUUGAGGAGACCGCGUCGCCGUCGAAGUCCGCGCCACUGCCUCGGAGUAAGCGUGCCAAGAGCCCCGUGGCGGACGCCACGCCUCGCGCAAGCCGCCGGAGGAAGGCAACCACUCCUCUUUCCGAGAUCUCGCCCGAGCCGGCCGUCGCGGCUGCUGUCCCAAUCAUCAAGGAGACUGCCCCUUCGCCUAUUGCUUCCUCGAGCUACCAUGUCCGCGACGACUCUGUGCCGCGCGAGCGCUCCAGCCUCCGUGCUGGGCCCACGCGCAAUCGGCAGCACCAGGGGGCGGCAAGCUACACCUCGUCGCGUGCGACCAGCCCUGGCGCAGGCGGCGGUGGGCGCUUCUCCGCGCGCGAGGAGGACCUGCCUGACAUGGAUGAGCUGGAGAAGUUGUCAAAGCAAUCGACGGCCAAUUUCUCGGGCUUCUCGAUGCCGAGCUUCCCGACGUUUGAGAAGAAGGCCGAGGCACCCAAGGAGCCGAAAGAGAACGGGCAGUUGUCCAGCCGCAUCGCCGUCGCACCACAGCAGCCGGCGACUGCCCUAAGCCUUCCUAGCUCGGGUCUCAAGCCUCUGGGUAACCGGAUCGGCUCGACUCGGCCGAGGGCGAGCUCUCCUCUCGCCUCCAGCUCGUUCAUUGCUGAGCCCGACUCGCCGCAGACCAAGGAGCAUGUGAAAGAGGCGUCAAAGGAGCCUCAGGCUCCGCCUGCCGGCGGCUUCUUCUCGUUCUCGGGCUCUGCUGCGUCCACGCCUGGCCUCACGCCACCCAUUGCCGCCGGUUCUACCUCUGACUUCUUCGCGCCACCUAAGAGCCCCAUUAAGUCUUCCAGCCUCGGCCUCGGCAAGCCGUCAACCCCUCCCUCUGGUGGUAUCCCUAACUUUUUCGGCGGUACGACCACGCCCACCGCGCCUCCGCCCAAGGCGCCUUUGUUCGACUUUGGCAACAUCAAGCCUGCAGAGACUAUCAAGGCCCCGGAAAAGCCAGUCGAGAAGCAUUCCAGCACUGCGCCCUUCUCGUUUGGUAAGCCUAGGACUCCUGUGACUGGCACGGAGACACCCCAGGGGCCGUUGUCCUUGGCAGCCCCGUCCGCUCCCUCGGACAAACCCGAUACCACGCCCAACGCGUUCGUCUUUGACGUUAACAAGCCUGCCGACAAGCCCGCGGACGCCCCCAAGGCUACAUUUAGCUUUGGUGCGCCGCCUGCUCCGCCUGCGGACAAGCCAGCUGAACCCGCUAAGGCUCCCUUCUCGUUUGGUGCACCUCCUGCUCCUGCUGUGGACAAGCCGGUUGAGGCUCCCAAGCCAUUUAGUUUCGGCGCCCCGUCCGCUGCUCCUUCUGACAAGCCGGCUGAGCCUACCAAGGCUGCCUUCAGCUUCGGCACACCUUCUGCUGCUUCUGCGGACAAGCCUGUCGAGCAUGCUAAAGCUCCGUUCUCGUUCGGUGCGCCGGCGGCUCCUGCUGCGGACAAGCCUGCCGAGAGCAAGGCUCCCUUCUCCUUCGGCUCGAACAGCUCGACGCCGGCGCCCACCGACAAGGCGGCAGAGGCCCCUAAGCCGUUCUCUUUCGGCGCUCCUUCCGCACCUGCCACUGCAGCCGCAGCCAACGGCGACAAGCCGCCAUUCUCCUUUGGCGCUCAGUCUUCGGCGCCUACCGCUGGCUCUGGCUUCGGCAACACCGGCACGUCUGGGAGCACCAGCUUCUCCUUCGGCGGCGAGAAGAAGGCCGACGCACCCGCCACGUCAGCCUCCACCUUCUCGUUCGGCAACAACUCCGCACCCACUCCGAGCUCCGGCUUCGGUGCCCUCAAGACGAACGGCGACGCGGCUAAGCCCUUCGGUUUCGGGAACACGACGAGCACACCAGCCCCGUCGUCUGGAUUCAACUUUGGCUCCAACUCAACCGCUGCGUCUACUGGCUUCGGCUCCAACUCGAACACGUCUGCUCCUACCGGCUUUGGUGCGCCCGUGACCUCACCGACAACGACGGUGAGCAGCACUGGCUUUGGCGUGACUUCGCCCACGGCUGGCUUCGGUACCGGCUCUGGCUUCGGCUCCGCGUCGAGCUCAGCCACCAACUCGGCCAACAAGCCAAACUUCUCCUUCGGGAGCUCGUCUGCGGCGCCCGCUACGGGUGGGUUCGGCAGCACGCCAGCUGCUGGUACUGGCUUCGGCUCGACCCCAGCCCCUUCCACCGGCUUUGGCGCUCCUGCCCCUGCUUCUGGUGGCUUCAACUUUGGCUCCAACACGGCCAACGCGGCCAGCACCUCCAGACCAGGCUCCGCUUCGGCCGCGCCCUUCGGCUUCGGCACAACGUCGGGCGCAUCCACGCCGACCGGCACGUCUCCAGGCUUCCAGUUCGGUGCGCCUGCGAGCGCAGCCAGCUCAGCAAGCGCACCCUUCCAGUUCGGCGCGAGCUCCACGCCAACCGCACCUGGCUUUGGCGCGUCCAACACUGCGCCUGGCUCGACGUUUGCCUUUGGAGCACCCGCGGCAGGCGGUGCCCGCUUCGGCUCACCCGCACCAGGGGGGCAAACAGGGGGAGCAACCCCAGACGGCUUCAGCAUGGGCGUUGGGGCUGAGACGCCCGGCUCGCCUGGCGGCAGGAAAAUCAAGCCCCUCCGCCGAGGUGCAGUGAAGCGCUAG